GGUCGUGCAGUAUUCCGAGAGCACGGUACAUGGAUGAUUAAAGAGAACGGUGAUCGUUGUAAUUCUCAUACUUCAUAGCUGACAGGUGGACCGUGAUGCAGUGCGGCUGGCCUCUGUUAGGUCCGCUACAGUGGAUGCGUUACGUCAACAAACAAGUGAAAGUGAAGGCGGGAAAAGAUGAGGAGCGCCGCGGCUGGCUGCUCACCGUGGACCCGGUCUCCGCCAGUCUGGUCCUGGUGAACUUCGGGGAGGAGGAGGGCAGGGCGUCGGUGCAGGUGGUGAUGGGUCACGCCGUGGAGGAGGUGGAGGUCCUGCAGGAGGCAGACGAGGAGACCACGGAGCGUCUCCAGACCUCCUUCCUCCCACCGGAGACCCGCACCCUGGACCCGGCGGAGCUGAGGAGGAGGAGAGGGGGCGUCCGGAGGUGGCUGGAAAAGAACCGGUUCCCCGUGGAGGAGGAGGGGGACGAGCUGAAGGUGGCGGGGGUCCUGACCAUCACGGCCCCGUACGGACCCGAAGACUGCUGCAGCUCCAACCAGAUCAUCCUGGACCGCAUCCAGAAACUGAUCCAGCUCCAACCAGACCACCCAGAAACCGAUCCAGCCUGAUCCAGAUGAUCCAGACUGUCCCAGACCACCUGGACACGAUUCAGAACUUAAAAUGUUGUUAGAAACCUUUUCAGGAAGUGAAAUCCACCAAUCAGAUUCCUGCUCUGUGUCUCUCGACCAAUCAGAGCGCGACAGCAUCUGUGACUGACAGCUGUUCUGGAAAAGUUUGAGUUCAGGUUAAGUUUCGUUGUUUGUCAUCAGUUUGAUCAUUUUGUCCAAUAAAAAAGUUAUUUCAAGAAUAUUAUGGACAAUGAUUUACAUUUGGAAAUGUUCAAAUUAUAAAUGAAUUUGUUUAUUUGAAUUUAAAUUAAGUUUAAAGUUUCAGUUCUUUUUUUAAAUUUUCUUUUUUACAUUUGUACAUUUUUGUAAAGUUAUCCUGCCUUUAUUAAAGUUGGUAGAAAAAAAAA